GUGAGGUUUGGCUGCCACCAAAGUUACUUCCAGUCCCUGCUGUUCCUCCUGCCCUCAGUCUGGACCUGCCUAGGGAGCCCAGCAAUUCAGCCUCCCCACACAGAGAUCCCAGGGAGACCCAGCUAACUGCCCUGGGCUCCUCGCCUGGCUUCGAACCUUCAGCGGCAUAUGGGGCACUGUUGGGCCCAGUUCUGCUAAGAUGCUCCUGGCGUCUCCCUCCACCCCGUCCAGGGCACGGACCCCUAGCGCCGUGGAGAGGCUGGAGGCCGACAAAGCCAAAUAUGUCAAGACGCACCAAGUGAUAGCACGGCGCCAGGAGCCAGCCUUGCGCGGAGGGCCCGGGCCGCUUACCCCGCACCCCUGCAAUGAGCUGGGGCGCCCUGCAUCUCCCAGGACGCCCAGACCCGCCCGCCGGGGCAGCGGCAGGCGGCUGCCCAGGCCUGACUCCCUCAUCUUCUACCGCCAGAAGCGGGACUGCAAGGCCUCGGUAAACAAGGAAAACGCCAAGGGCCAGGGGCUGGUGCGGCGCCUCUUCCCGGGAGCCCCCCGGGACACCACCUCGAGCACUCCGGAUGCAGCCGAGCGACCCGCGGCUCCUGGGGGUUGGGCCGCCCCCCAAGAUGCCCCGGAAGCGGCCGGAAAGCGGGCGCUGUGCCCCACGUGCUCGCUGCCCCUGUCGGAGAAGGAGCGCUUCUUCAACUACUGCGGCCUGGAGCGCGCGCUGGUGGAGGUGCUGGGCGCUGAGCGCUUCUCUCCGCAAAGCUGGGGCGCAGACGCCAGUCCCCAGCCCGGUACGUCGCCGCCGCUCGGCUCCGGGAACACCAGCGACUGGACGUCCAGCGACGGCGGCGCGGACUGCCGGGACGGUGCGGGCGGAGGCGGCGGCUCGGAGGCGGCGGGCUCGGCGCGGGAUGGACGCCCCCCGGUGUCAGUAGUGGAGCGCAACGCGCGCGUCAUCCAGUGGCUGUAUGGCUGCCAGCGUGCACGCAGCCCCCCGCGCGAGUCCGAGGUGUGAUAGUCGCCGCAGGGAAGCGGGAUGCCGCGGGUCCGCGCGGGGGGACUGAUGGGCACGGAGCUGGACCCGGGCACAGGCAGGAACGCAGUGCCUCCCACGCGCAGGGCGCCGUUGGGCAGACCCUUCCCUCUGGAUCUCCCUCCGUGGGGGAACUGGACAAAAUGAUCUCGAAGGCCCUUUCCAACGCAGGCAGCGGAGGGAAUAGCGGCCCUUCGCAGCAGGCCGAGGGAAGUAACGGCGGCCGCGUGGCCCCUGUGGAGGCCGGCUCUGGAGAGUAAUGACUGAGGUGGAAAAUGAGAGAACCUGCUGAAUAAAGUUAAAAUGUUAUUUUAAAUGGGUAGGUGUUUGGGUUGGGAGACAGAUGUCGAGGAGGGGGACUGGACGGGUUUGCACGGUUAAGGGCAAAGGCUUUGGAGUGGGGUUCCAGGCUGACUAUGUGACCGUGGUCGGGCACUUAACAUCUCCCAGCCGCAGCUGCACCCCUCAGUAACAAAAAAGGGAAAGGGAGAUGAUCACAGAGUAUUCUGAGAUAGUCGUACAGUACAUGGCAUACAAUAUAACUACUACCGAAUCAGUACUAUAAUAUUAUGAUUCCCUAGUCAGUCCCAACUGAUCUGGGAGCUGGGAAUAGCACCUGUGAGGAGUCCUGGGGAGGUGUCUGCUCCGGGGAUCUGGGGUCUCUAUCCAGUCUUGAGGCCCACUGGCCUCUAAAGGCCCCCUUCCCGGUGCUUUGCUGCCGCCUUGUGGUCACUAGGUGUGAAGGGCUGUGGAGAAUCGAGUUGGGGCAGUAAAGAAGGAUCUUCCCAAACAGCAGAUUCAAAUCCUGUCGCUGCCUCCCUUUUCCUCGAGCACACACAAAGUCAACCUAUUGUCCUCACAGGUUCACACCUGUAGGCCUUUGUUCAGCUCCUUCUCUCUUGCCUGGGUUACCUUUCCCUCUCUCUCCACUUAUCCGUCUAAGAUUAAAGCCUUACUGAAUUCCCAACUCAAA